AUGGCCACCCUCAACAUGUUCCUCAGACUCUUGUCUUUGUUGUUGUUCCUUCUGAUCCCAGUUUCAUCUCAGCCUAACCAGAUCUUCUAUGCUGGAUUCAAGGGUGUGGAUGGCAAUAAUAUGACCCUUGAUGGGGUGGCAGAAAUAGAGCCAAAUGGGGUACUGAAACUCACUAAUGAUUCAAGUAAAGUAAUGGGUCAUGCUUUUUAUCCAACUGCUUUUAAGUUCAAGAACCCUAGUGAUGGUAAAGCUUUCUCCUUUUCUUCUUGUUUUGCCUUGGUUAUUGUUCCUGAGUUUCCAAAGCUAGGAGGGCAUGGCCUUGCUUUUACAAUUGCAACAUCUAAGGAUCUGAAGGCUCUUCCAAGCCAGUAUCUUGGUCUUCUUGACUCAAGUGACAUUGGGAACUUCUCCACCCACCUCUUUGCUGUUGAGUUUGACACAGCCCGAGAUUUUGAGUUUGGGGACAUCAAUGACAACCAUGUUGGAAUUGACAUUAAUAGCUUGGCCUCCAAUGCUUCUGCACCUGCUGGUUACUACACUGGGGAUCAUGAUUCAGCCAAACAUAAUCUCACACUUCAAAGUGGGCAACCCAUUCUAGUUUGGGUUGAUUAUGACUCUGCUCAAAGUGUUGUUAAUGUCACAAUUUCUGCAUCCUCUACCAAACCCAGAAGGCCACUCUUGUCCUUUCCUGUGGAUCUUUCACCAAUCCUUAAGGAUUUCAUGUAUGUUGGGUUCUCUGCAUCAACAGGGUUACUUGCUAGCUCCCAUUAUAUCUUGGGUUGGAGCUUCAAAGUCAAUGGGCCAGCUCCACCCCUUGAUCUCUCUUCCCUCCCACAGCUUCCAGGGCCAAAGAGGAAACUCACAUCUUUGAUAAUUGGGUUUUCAGUCUCUGGUGUUGUUCUUGCGUUGUUUGCUGUUUUACUUGGCUUCUACAUGUAUAGAAGGUACAAAAAUGCUGAUGUUAUAGAAGCUUGGGAGCUUGAGAUUGGGCCACACAGGUAUUCCUACCAAGAGCUCAAGAAAGCAACAAAAGGUUUCAAGGACAAAGAGCUGCUUGGACAAGGUGGAUUUGGGAGCGUCUACAAAGGAACAUUGCCAAAUUCCAAUACCCAAGUUGCUGUUAAGAGAAUUUCACAUGACUCCCGACAAGGCCUGAGAGAAUUUGUAUCAGAAAUAGCCAGCAUAGGCCGGCUUCGCCACCGGAAUCUGGUUCAGCUGCUGGGGUGGUGUCGCCGCCGUGGUGAUCUCCUCCUUGUGUAUGAUUUCAUGGCUAACGGGAGCUUAGACAAGUACUUGUUUGAUGAGCCAGAAACAAUCCUAAGUUGGGAACAAAGAUUUAAGGUCAUCAAGGAUGUUGCUUCUGCCCUUUUGUAUCUGCAUGAGGGCUAUGAGCAGGUGGUGAUACAUAGAGAUGUGAAGGCUAGCAAUGUGCUGCUUGAUGGUGAACUCAAUGGAAGGCUAGGAGAUUUUGGAUUAGCCAGGUUGUAUGAACACGGGGCUAACCCAAGUACCACAAGGGUAGUUGGGACCUUAGGCUAUUUGGCACCUGAAGUGCCUAGGACAGGGAAAGCCACUCCUAGCUCAGAUGUUUUUGCAUUUGGUGCACUUUUACUUGAGGUGGCAUGUGGGCUUAGACCACUUGAUCCAAAGGCAAUGCCAGAAGAUUUGGUUUUGGUUGAUUGUGUGUGGAACAAGUACAAACAAGGAAGAAUACUUGAUGUGGUGGACCCUAGACUACAUGGUGCUUUCAAUAAAAGAGAGGUGCUCAUGGUGUUGAAAUUGGGGCUUCUGUGUUCAAAUGGCUCUCCCACUGCUAGGCCUAGCAUGAGACAGGUGGUGAGGUUUUUGGAUGGAGAUGUUAGUGUGCCAGAUGAGUUGAAAAAGCCAGGAGAAACAGGUUCCCAGGAGGGUUUUGAUGAAUUCUUGCACUUGCUUGAAUCUUCUUCGUUCGAUCAGAUGAGCAGAAGUUCCUAUGAUAGAAGUAGAUACAUGAGUGGCAGUUUUACUGAUACAUCUCUUUUUACUCCCCAUGGUAAAAAAGAAACAAUAUGA